UCUCGUCAAAGCCUCUCUCCCAGCCAGUGCGCACUCACCUGGCAUUUGUCAUACCUUGUCGCCUGUGCCCGCGCGCGUGUGUGUGUGUCUCUGCCUCGCUCACUCCGUGGCCAGCGGUUACCGCCUCCGACACGUCCGCCACCAGCUCCACACUCGGUGAGACCAUGAGUCGCGGCUCUGCCACCAGAACACUCGUCUCCCUCUCGGCAACCUGACAUUCGCUUGUUUCGUGUUACCUGAGGCGAUUUCACAACUGAAAGGAAUAAUAAUUAUUAUUAUUGUUAUUAUAUAUAAACACACCUGAACAGCGAGUGACGUAAGCAGUGGGAUUCGGUUCUACCUGUUGAGGUGUUUUCAUUCAACUUCUCACAUCGUAGAGGUGAGGUAGGUGCCAAACUGUUUCCAUUUUAUCUCGAGUGUGUCAAUAAACACAUAAACAAACCCGAGAGUGAAGAUUUUUAAAAGAAUAUGCGAAAAGUGGAGGUGGCGGCGAAAAUGCGAAAAAUAAAGCGGGGAUAGACAAUCGUAGGUCUCCGAAGGAAAAAUAAAAACGAAAACAAAAUAAAUAAAGAAGGAGGUGAAGGACCAGUCUAUUAGGGUGUUUCGUCUUCAGUCAUUCCAAAAUGGUGGCAGAAAAAGAUGAGCUACUCCGGAAGCGAGUGCUGUACAUCGGAAGUGCUGUGCCCUUGGAAACAGCCGACGGGCUGGACGGCAUCCAGCAGCCGCUGCGAGAGCGCUACCCGGUGGAUGACGACAACAACAUCCAGGGGAUCCUGUCCUUCAUCAGCAUCCUCCCCACCGGGAUCCAGCUGCAGUACGUCAGUGACCCCAGCAGCAUCCUGUCGUUCCCGAUCCAGUCGCUGACGCUGUGCGCAGCUGUGCGUUGCGUCACCACCGUCAACGCCUCGACGGGGGAGAAGGUGGCCAGGUUCGUGUCCCUCAGCUCCCCGGCGGCCGGGGGAUCCAACAGCAAGCGGCCGGCUAUCUUCACGGCCAUCACGCGGCGCACGGAAGGUCGCAAGGUGCUGGAAUGCCACGGCUUCAUCUGCGCAUCCUCGAAGGAUGCCCUGGAGCUCGUGCAGUCCACGGCCUAUGCCGACCGCCUCUGCAAGGGCAAGGUCAAUGGGACUCUCACCAGCGCGGUCCAGAGCUUCCAUAUUGAUAGUUCCGCCUCCACGCCGCGCGGCGGCGGCAUGAUGCACGAGACCAACACGCUGCGGUCUUCUGCCGCGUUGGGGGCCACGUCGGCGACGUUUGACGAAGACCUUCCGCUGAGGCUGGUACCCGGGGAGAACGUGAGUCACCGGGUGGCCCCCGAGUUCUUCGAGCCCCCGCCGUCGCAUGGCUACUUCUACAAGACCAAAGACUCGCAAAUCAAGACCUACGCCGUGGAGCGGGUGACGGAUGGAGAAUCGGAGAGGCUGCGGGCGGUGUCGCCCCCUAGUGUCGUCGUUCCUUCGCGUCCCGCCAGCGAGCGGAGGGUGCCCGUGGUCACCACGACCCCUCUGGCCCCCAUGACCCUGGCGCGCCCUGCGACCACGCUGGUGCCAGUGCGGGGGAUGGCGACCUCCACGGCCACCCUCAUCCGACCCCGCUUCUUCUCUCCUCCUCCUCCCGUCCUCCGCCAGCGGCCUGUGGCUGUGCCGCUAGCUGUGCCGACCACGACUGUAGCCCGGGAUCCUUACGUCUUCCUCCCUCCGGCCCCCACGGUCAUCGACGUGCCUUACGUCAUCCGGCGGAGACCCACGCGUCGGGAUUCCGAUUCGUCCUCGCGAGGGUCAUCAAGGUCUUCAUCGCCAGCCACCAACGGUCGGCGUCUUCUCAACGGUGACGGAGCGGAAGGCUCAAGUGACGUCAGCUCUCGGCCCCGCACUCCGCCCACCGACUACGAGCACGGCCCGAGGGUCAGUCGUCGAGAACAGUUCGACCGUCGAAAAGGUGUCCACCGCGAGGUCAACGGAGAGUAUGGGACGCUGCCGGUCGGCGUCCAACCAGUUCUCGGCGCGGCUGGGUACCCGUACGACUACUACGUCUACCCGUCCCGGUACUCCACCUACGGCGGCGGAGGCUACCCCCCUUACGUCAUCGAGCGGGCCAGGUCUGUCCCCCCGCCCGCCGACCGCGGCAAGUCCAAGGACCAGAAGAAAAGUCGGAAAACAAAAGAGAAGAAGAAGCAGUCGGACAGGCAUCACCGGAUGUACGGUGUGCCAAGCGACAUCUCCACCGACAGCGUCGGGUACAUGUCGGAAGCAGGUCCAGUAGGGCAUCCGCGCAUGCCCAGGGACUUCCGGCGAGCAGAAAACCAGUUCAAGCACGAGCGAGCCUUCUCCAAGAGCCUGGCGGAGGAGAACCGUGGCAGCGGCCAUGACGCCUUAGGCAACGCCUACUCUUUAAACGAACACAUGAGUGAAAGAGCAGCUGUCGACCACGACUUCAACAUGUAUUAACUGCUUCCCCAAAGUUCAACCCUUCCAUCCACCCUAACUCCACCCUACCCACCUCCCGUCCUCCCACCGCCCUUCUCCCUGUCGGGACAGUGCAUAGACAGUGUGUCUGCUUUUCUCAGCCGCGCGAAAACUUCGUCUCAGGUGUGUUUACGAUUGUAAUAAUAAUUUUGAAAAGAUGUUUUGCGAGGAGUGGGCGAGGGGCAAUGAGCCGCCUGGACUGUGACGUGUGGUGUACACCUUGUUUGCAUACGAGUAACUUGAUCUUACGCUGGGAGACGUAAACAAGAGUUUAUCACCCAUCUUCACUUUUUUUUACCUACCUACUGCCCCCGAUGCCUUUUUAAAAUUUUUUGACAACAAUCCUACGCAGCCAACCCUCCAUCUUCACCAUUCGCUUGUCUGCUGCUGCUGCUGCUCUGAGGCGAGGUGUUCAUCAAGCUUCUGUAAUCCGCCGUCACGGUGUCGUCGUCUGGUGAUGGAGACAUUUGUUGUUGCCCCUCACACUCCCUCCCAAGCUCCCACCCACCCCAGAUGCACGACUAUAAAUAGCAGCUUGCUGGCUGUGCCAGUGAUUUAUGCAGGUUUAAACUCCGCCAUGAUGAAAGAAAAAACAAAAACAAACGAUGGUGUCACGCCAUUGGCUUUGGAGAGCUUACACGUGUGUGACAGUCACGGACUGGAGAGUGAUGGAGUGUGACGAUGGUGAGUGAGUAAUACUGUGUGUGUGCGUGUGUGUUAACAAAGAAAGAACGAUCAACAAGUUUUAUGUGAAAGAAAAACACUGACUACUUCAUAUUUUUUUAACAUCAUGUGACAAGACACGUGCAGUGUAGAAAUCAUAUAUAAUAUCGUCUGUGACUGUUUCCCACACUUGGGAGUGCUUCCCCCAACCCUGUUCAGCCACGUGGCCUAUUCUGACCUCUGACCUCUGACCUCCCUUGUCUCGGAGUGUCUUGUGUACACACGGAGCGAGCUGACCGGCAAAGCUCGAGUAAUGGUGAAUUCCAGCAAAGGAUUGACACUCUGGAUAUUUGUUUACCUUCUUGGUGUGACCUGGCGCCAAGGAAAGGACUGACCCUCCACAGGGCCAAGUGUUUACCACCGGGAGUUCUUCACACAGGACAGGAAGAUAUCACGUGACUAGUUGUUUCAAAAAAUGCGUGUACUAUCCACGAUAGCAGCUUAUUUUGAAAUUAGUCUGAAAUUUUAAUUUAUUUGCAAAGAAAUUGGACCUGUUACCGUAACCCAGCAAUAAUUAGCUUGUUUGUGAAUUAUUUUAGUUUUGUUGUUAUUUCAGAAUUUUUUUGUUGACUCCUGGACCCUGUAACGGUUGAAUUCCCCUCGAUGUCCAAUACUCAGGAGCGUUCCAGAACGUUCCACAAAAUAAUAUAAGAAAUCUUCCAUAUGGUUGUUUACAAACAUGCCUUGUAUCAAGAAGUUUGUGCAAAAGUAAGAGAAUUCAUCUGUAAAUGAUGGAAGUAGUUUCCCAGUUUGUAGCGAAAGGACAAACAAAAACACAGUUGUUUACUUGUAGCCACAAGUGUUUGUAUGAUAUCUGUAAUGCUCACAGCUUGCAAGAUGUAUGAACUCUCUCUGCUCCUCGCCAUUGUUAUCUAAAUAACCCGGAUGCCGACUGUGCGUGUAACUUGUAAAUAACUGUAAGUUCCUGUCUUAUUCACUUUGUAUUCUUUUGAGCUUUGGCGACGACAGAUCGAAACCUUGUGUGGGAAAAAAAUAGAUGUAAUAAUUAUCUGUACACGACCUUCCGGCUUGCUGACCUUUGACCUUUAGUACCAAGGUGCCAGUGAUGUACUACAAAAUAAUGUAUUACGCAAAUAAAAAAUAUUGGAUCGUAA